AUGCAUGAAACAGCUAAUGCCGAUCUCAAAGGCCCUGACACGGCCGCUGCUAGCAUAUUAUAUGAUAUGCACAAUGGGCAAUUCGACCCUGAAGUGUCCGCAGCAAAGUCUCGAAGUGUAUUGCUGAAAAUCGACUUUGUUGUAAUGCCUCUCAUCGUCAUUUCAAUGACACUGGCGUUCCUGGAUAAGAACGGACUUGCCUAUGCAGCGGUAUAUGGCUUAAAGAAAGACACAAAUCUGGUCGGACAACAAUACAGCUGGCUAGGAAGCAUUUUCUACUUCGGAUACCUUGCCAUGGAGUUCCCGAAUCUCUGGUUAAUCACAAAAUUCCCAACGGGUAAAUACAUCGGAGGUUGUCUCGUGGCCUGGGGCGCAUGUCUAUGCUUGCUGGCGGCCUGCCAUGACUUUGCCGGACUCGCUGCCAUUCGCUUCUUGCUCGGUGUUUUCGAAGCUGCUCUACUUCCUUGCUUGUUGCUAGUCAACUCAAAGUGGUACCGCCGCAAUGAGCAGCCCCUACGCACUGCGUUUUGGUAUAAUACCUUUGCCGGUGUCUUCGGCGGUAUCUUGAGUUAUGCUAUCGGACAUAUCAAGGGAGAUCUGGCUACCUGGAAGUAUAUCUUUAUUAUCUACGGAGCUGUGACUAUCUUGGUUGGCAGCUUGGUUUUCUUCGCCUUGCCUGAUAGCCCUGCGACUGCCUGGUUCCUAUCAGCGGAAGAAAAAAAGAUUGCACUUCUACGUGUUGCGGAAAACCAGACUGGUCUAGGUUCUCACAAGGACAUGAAACUCAGUCAGAUCCUGGACGCUCUCACAGAUCCCAGAUACUACAUCCUCAUGACCUUCGCCAUAGCCCAGGCAAUUACGAAUGCUGGAAUCACAAACUUCAAUCCCCUUAUUAUAUCCGGAUAUGGCUUUUCCCAAGCCAAGACAACCUUGCUCGCCACUCCACAAGCUGCAGUUGCAAUGGUUGCGCAGGCAAUCUUUACCACUCUCGCAUUCUACAUCCCCAACAUCCGAUGCUUGCUUUGGGUUAUUUCCUCCCUCAUCGCUAUGGCAGGAGCUAUAAUGGUUCAUGUUGUGGACCCAGUCACACAGCGUAAUGCCUCACUGGCUGGCGUUUACAUUAUGGGAUUCUACAACGUGCCCUGGGUGCUCGCAUUGACUGUUGGAAACAUCAUCGGUCCACAGUUCUUCCGCAACGACCAAGCACCGCAUUAUCCACUGGGAAUUGGGGCAAUGCUCUGCUGCUUUGCGAUUAUGACUGUAACUGGAAUCUUGUAUUUCGCAUCUUGUUUGAUUUCUAACAAGCACCGUGAUCGUGUUCAUGGGCAGAUUAGCGAAAGGCCUGGUAUGGAAGGGAUUGAAGCGGAUCUGGAUGAUUCAACCGAUCGGGAGAACACUAGGUUUAGAUACGCAUAUUAA